ACGGACGGCCCCGGGCCGGCAGAUUCCUAGAAUUUUGUGAACCAGAUUACGGAUGUUCUACCAAAUUAUAAAUCCGGUAACACUCCUAGUAGCUCUAUUCCACACGGCACACAAUAUCUAGCUGCUUUUUAUUUCAGAUGAUUGUCAGGCAAACAUUCAAAGUGUGAAUUAAAGGCGCUGUGUGGUCCAGAGAAUGGCGUCUUUCUUAACGAGACUUGUUGACACUCUGCUGUGCAGACAAAAAGACAUUCCUGAAAACCGGACUAUUUUUGUGAAUCACAAACCCCCUCCAACAAAUGAUGUCUACUUCCAUCAGAAGUUUCCAGAUAACACAAUCAUCUCAUCCAAGUACACAAUCAUCACUUUCCUACCAAAGAAUCUCUUUGAGCAGUUCAGAAGAAUUGCCAACUUCUAUUUCCUUCUCGUAGCAGUCCUUCAAUUACUUAUUGACAGUCCGGUCAGCCCCAUUACAAGUAUUCUACCUCUAGUCUUUGUCAUCCUUGUCACUGCUGUCAAACAGGCAUAUGAGGACUGGUUACGACACAAGGCUGAUAAUGAGGUCAAUAAGAGACCUACUUUCAUUUUGCACGGACGCAAUAUUAAAGAAAUCAACUCCUAUCAAAUAAAUGUGGGUGACAUCGUGAAAGUCAAAGUAGAGGAGGAGCUUCCAUGUGACAUGCUUCUACUGUCAUCUCACAACGAGGAAGGAGAAUGCUAUGUCACUACAGCCAAUCUAGAUGGAGAAACAAAUCUUAAGAUCUUUCGAGCGCUACCAGACAGUACAAUCUUACAAGAUGAAGAAAGCCUGGAUUCCUUGUCCGCAAUGGUAGAAUGUGAGCAGCCACAGCCAGACUUGUAUAAGUUCAUUGGCAGGAUGAGUUUCUAUACACAGAACCAGCAACCAUCUGUCAGAUCUGUUACUGCAGAGAACGUUCUUCUCAGAGGUUCAAGGUUGAAGAAUACACCAUUUAUUUAUGGUGUUGCAAUAUAUACCGGUGAAGAGACGAAGAUGGCACUCAACUCCAAGCAGAAAGGCCAGAAACAUUCCUGCAUUGAAAAUUCCAUGAACAAGUACCUUGUAGCCAUGUUGGUGUGGUUGCUGGUUCAAACAAGUAUUGCGACUGGACUGAAGUUUUGGAUAGAUCGGCAACCAUUCAUGGAGAAGUCCUGGUAUGUUCAGCCAGUUGCUGUCAGCUAUGGAGACUUAACAGCAAGUGCCAAAGUUAUUUUUACAGACUUCUUGUCCUUCUUAGUUCUCUUCAACUACAUCAUUCCAAUCUCUCUCUAUGUAACAAUUGAGCUUCAGAAAUUCCUUGGAUCUGUUUUCUUUGGCUGGGAUUUGAAAAUAUAUGAUGCCAAUGCUGACCUUCGUGCUAAGGCAAACACAUCAGAUCUAAAUGAGGAGCUCGGUCAAGUCGAGUACAUGUUUACAGACAAGACGGGAACGCUGACAGAAAAUGAUAUGCAGUUCAGACAAUGCUCUGUGGCGGGAGUUAAGUACAUUGAGAAGGAGGGUGCGUUGGUGCCACUCAACGACUCAACAGCAACACCGGAGAUGAUGAGAGAGUUUCUACUAUGCCUGGCUCUAUGUCAUACCGUCCAUGUAAAUAAAGACCAAGGUGACGACGGAACAGAUUCACCUGAUGGGAUGAAUGCAGCUACUGACUAUACUCUAUGGGAGUAUGAGGCAUCAUCACCCGAUGAAAAGGCUCUGGUUGAUGCAGCUCGCAGAUUUGGUGUGGUCCUGACCAAUAAUACACAAGAGUAUAGUGAAGUUAUGAUGGAUGGGGAUCUAGUGAGGUACCAACUACUGCAUGUAUUGGAGUUUGACCCUACAAGGAAAUGUAUGAGUGUUAUUAUCAAGACACCUGAUGGGAAUGUGAAAGUACUGUGUAAGGGAGCAGAAUCUACCAUCUUGGCUCGGAGUGUGUCUGGACAGAAAGACUUAGCUUUGGAUCACGUCAAUGAUUACGCACUGGAAGGACUUCGAACCCUGUGUUUUAGCUCCAGAGAUCUGAGCCAGAGUGAAUACAAUGAUUUUCAUGACCAGCUUCAGGAAGCAUCAACAGCCCUUGAUAACAGAGAGGAGAAGCUAAAUAAAGUAUUUAACAUCGUAGAACAAGAGCUGCGUCUUCUCGGUGCAACAGGAGUAGAGGAUAAACUACAAGAUGGUGUCCCUGAGACCAUUGAGGCUUUACGCACAGCUGGUAUCAAGGUAUGGGUGCUGACUGGUGACAAGCAGGAAACGGCAGUCAACAUAAGCCAUUCUUGCAAGCACUUCAAGCCACACAUGCAGGAACUGAUGUUAGUCAAGCAACCAAAUGGACAGCAAUGUGGUGAAACUCUGUGGCGCUUCCUAGAGCAAAUGAAGGCUGAUCCCAAGGUCAGUUAUGCCAUGGUGAUUGACGGUCCUAGUUUAUUCCAUGCUUUGGAGCACCACAUUGACACACUGAGGGAUCUAUGCAUGCACUGUGUGGCUGUUCUCUGCUGUAGAAUGUCACCUCUUCAGAAAGCUGAGGUGGUAAAGCUUGUUAAGUUCUCGGCUAAGCGUCCAACAACCAUGGCCAUUGGCGAUGGUGCCAAUGAUGUCAGUAUGAUUCAAGAAGCUCAUAUUGGACUUGGUAUUAUGGGCAAGGAGGGUCGUCAAGCCGUACGAUGCAGUGACUAUGCAUUUUCUCGCUUCAAGUUCCUGGUUCGUGUGCUCCUGGUCCAUGGCGCUUGGUACUACAACCGCAUCGCAAUCACAGUACAGUAUUUUUUCUACAAGAAUGUUGCCUUCAUCUCAGCUCAAUUUUUCUUCGCCUUCUAUUCUGCAUUUUCUGAACAAACAAUAUUUGACAGUUUCUACCUGACGCUGUUUAACAUCACCUUCACGUCGUUGCCUAUCCUGAUCUUUGGAAUAUUUGAGCAGCACAUCACCAGUGAGAUGCUGCUCAAAAACCCAAGACUCUACAAGGAGAUCCGAAAGAAUGCUAAGAUGAGCUGGAGUCAGUGUGUGUACUGGCUCUUACUUGGAUUGAUUCACGCUUUGCUGAUUUUCUACUUUACGUUGUUGCUGUUCAAGAAUGAUGCGUCUGUAUUCCCUGAUCAGAAGGCUUUAGGGAAUCGAGCGUUGGGGACGAUCAUGUACACAUGUUGUGUCUUACUGGUAAACAUUAAGCUCUGUAUUGAGACAAGGUACUGGAAUUGGAUGGUUAUUGCCUCCAUGGCUAUAUCGGUCCUUGGUUACCCGGUUCUUACAUCCGUCUACACUGGGGUUAUAUGGUAUAAUGUAACACAGUGGGAUUUCUUUGACACAACCUCGGUGUACUUUGUGUUCUUUGUGACCCAUAAGAGUUUAGCGGUGUGGCUUUGCAUUCUGAUCAUCAUUUGUGCCAGUCUACUACCAGACUAUAUCUACAAGACAUGCCAGCUCUACUUCUUUCCAUCUGAGAGUCAAGUCAAGCAGAGGAGCUGGACAGGUUGUCAUUCCUGUCCGGCACUGGCAUGCCUGUACUAUCUACCAUCAGAAGGCUUAGUGAUGGAACAAUCACAGUCUGAAGAUACUGGUAUAUGCAACCAGGGGCUAGAAACAACAUCAAGAGAAACAACAGUGCAUACUAUACUUGAACAGGAUAGGAGUAUAAGCCCUGGGGUGGAGGAGCCAACCCUACCUAAGCAUCCCAAAGCCGUCAAGCCAGAGGAGUUUGAUGGUCGAGGGAGAGUCAACCCUGCAUUUAGCAGAGACAUCGGUGAAGUCAUGGAUGAGGACAAUCUGAGUCUGGGUACCUACAAACUUGUGUACCAGACUGAAGAUGACAAUCGCACAAAAGAGACUACAAUAACGGUCUUGUAAAAAGCUACAAUGGUGACACAAAUGCCAGUAGACCUUUAUCAUGGUGCAGCCAUCUUGAAUUUUAUGCUUAUAAUUAUUUUGAGUAAUUUCCAAUAGUGUCCACUGCCUUUAAGCAGAGGUUACAAUUGAGUGCAUAUGCACGGAUCCCCCACACCCAAAUUGGCUGCUGCAAGCUUUAGUUGUUGACUAAAACAAUGUACUAAUUUUGGUUUUUACCCAUACAUACACCGAUUUGUAUGAGCACUGUAUACUCAGUACUU